GGUACUUUUCCGAGGGGUAUUCAAUUUUCUGGGAUGAUUCAAUUAGAGGUCUGCAUACCGGUAGAGGUGGAAGGCAAAUAUGGAGAGUUUUACCCCGUACGUUCUUUAUCUGUUGUUAAUCUUGUUCUAGGGUGUCAUCAAUGGGUUGAAAUCCCUAGAAGAACUUAAUGUAACACUAUUAGAUUCUUCCCACUCGAAAGCCCUUGUGGAAUUCACUCUCCCUCCUUCCUCGUUGCGUCUCCCUCCAAAGGACCCAGGAACAGUCCUGGAACCAGUUCAAGGACUAGAGGUUGAUGUGUUAAUCAGCUCAUCUCCUGGCGAGCCACAUGUAGACCAUGAGCCAUCAAGUGAUCCGAUUGCUUCUAAACUUUCUGCCUGGUGGCCAGCUGUUGUAAGAAAAAUUGGUGGGAGUUUUGUUAUUGUGGAGUUAAUGGCUGACUUCUCCUCUGAGAAUGCUAGUUCAAACGAAGUAACUGUCCUCCCCAACAAACGCAUCAGUGUCCCUCAUCCGUCAUCACUUGAGAAAACGGAUAUUGUCGAAAAGCACCAAUUGAGACCACGGAUUCAUCAUCCCAAUCUUAGUGUCUCGUCCUUUCACAUCCAUGCUAUAGAUAUACCGGAUGAGUUGGCUCCAUAGUAAGUUAUGUUUCUGUUUCGUACUUUGUAUCUCUAUAGUUAUGAUUAAUACUGUUUUGGUUUUUCUCAGUUGCAGAGAGCCUGCCAAUUACCACCAUUUCGCACGACGAUGUGGUUUGCCUGUCCUAAUCACUUUGGCGCCUGACACAUUUAAACCAGUGUCGCCAGUUAUUAAGGGGGAUAGUGAGACGUACAACCUUAAGUCCCGUUUGCUUGUAAUUUCUACAGAUAUCUCCACAAUCAACAGAGCAUCGGUCAUCGACAACACGUUCGUUGACAUGCUGCGACAAAAAGUCUCCAUUUUGCAACAAACUGAAGAACUAUCCAAAAAGUUGGUGGCGUCGCGUCUUAAUCAGCAAUCACCAUUCGUUGAAGAAUUCCUCAUACCUCUGGAUUUAAUCCAUUAUGCAAUUGGCGCUCAAGGGUCAAAUAUUAGACGCGCUAGUGCUAUUGAAGGUGUACUUUCUGUAAAGUUAGAUCGUCAGACCGGUAAUAUCAGGAUUUCUGGGAAGACACAAGAUGCUGUUAAAAACGCGAAGAAGUUAUUGGACUUCUCUCAAGACAUCUUUCAGAUACCUAAAUCAUAUGUAGGUCCUAUCUUGGGAUCAGGCCGUCGACACGUACAACAUAUCGUAGAUCGAGUGGGACUUGUUGGAAUCAAGAUUUCUAAAUCACCUGAAGACGAUCGUGAGCACGUUUCAUUCCAGUUAACGGGAACUCAGCAAGCCAUACGUGAUACACAGUUAUUUUUGGAGUUUCAAGUCGCAAGCUUACAGGAGUUAGAUCGGCUUCGUGGUGUUGAGAAUCCACCUUCUAUAUUAAAACCCAAGGAUGCGACCAUUCCACUUGAAGAUAUUUCAAGCAAUGAUGAGUCUUCAAAUCCUCUCACACAUUCUGAAAAUGGUCAUCGUAUAUCAAACGGUGAUAAUCAAAGUUCGAAAUGCAGUGAAUCUAACUAUGCUGUACAUUCAAAUAGUUGCUCAAAUAAGGAUGAUCCGGAAAAACAAGAAACUACUUAUAACAACACUACGAAUCCACGUCCACAUCCUGGUGGACGUCAGCCCAAGCCGAGACCUCAAGUCAAUCACAUAAGACCAGAUCCUCGUCAAAUUCCUCGCAUUCAACGGGGUGGUGGUGAAAGUAUUCGCAAUAGUGGAAGUAAUCAUACAGGUGUUUCUAAAUCUUCGGCCAAUCAUGUUAACUCCAAAAACCCUAAUCAGCAACGAAAUCAACCGAAUCAUCGUUCGGAUUCCAUGGGACCUAGGGGUCAAAAUAUGUGUGCCCCGAUUGUUAGCUGAAUAAAUUUUCCAGUUAGAGUUCAAUGAACAUUUUCAGUAGACCACUCAGUUUUAAGUGCUUACCCUUACCUCUGCUUUGACUAUCCAAAUAUCCCAUUUUAUUCUACCUUUAUUCAAUUCGGCUGUCAUUUCCUCUAUACACUCACUCUGUAAAUCAGAUUGGAUAACUGGAAACUUGUUUAAGGGUGAUUUUUACAUAAUCUUUCUUAUUUUUAGUGCAUAUUACUAAAUAUUCGUUGCUUUUUUCUUCCUGGUGAUAUUCACGUAUUGUUUCAACCAAUUGUAAUCUUGAACCAUGUUCUGUACAUUGUUUCUGUUAUAGUUUCUGGAUUCACCAACUAAUAAAAACAAAGUAUUAUCAUACUUGGUAAAUAUCUUUGCUUUCAACCGUAUCUGAACUUAUGGCAUUACCUCAGCCUAAUACCUCAGAUUUAUGUACAAAUCAUAAACUAUAUGAAGGGUUAUCCUACUAUACUUGAUUUGUAUUAUAGUUUUUAUUUAGUGCGUUCAUUAUUUAUUUCAUAUUGACUUGUUUAUCGUAAAAAGUAGACCUCAAUAAGAACUAAUAUAGUGUGAGUUGUCAAUAUUCUAUCGCUUAGGAUCUAUCACCAUAUAACUUGAAUUUGAUUCACUUUCCUGUAGUACGCGGCACUCAGUACAAUGUUUUGUGGCAAUCAGUUUUAAUGCAAAUGGUUCGUUUAAUAAACGCACUAAAUCUAUCCAGUCUAGCUUGAUAUUCUGAUUAGUGAUAGUCUUGUCGUUAUUACCAUUAUGUCAUUUAUGUAUUUUGGGGGCAAUUUCGUUAAAUCCGUUAAUUAGGUAUUUGUUGUUUGGAGCUGUUGAUGAACAUCAUUUAAAAAGAAACGGCUGUUAAAAUGGUAAUUAAAUAAUAGUUUAUUAAAGAUAGAUUAAUGUGACUAGUGCAGUUUUUACGAUUCUAACUUCCAUAAUUAAGAUUGGUUUCUACUUUAAACUUACUGUUUGAGAAUCUGUGUCUGGUAUAACGUGACUCCAGUCUACAUAUAGUGUGUCGAUUGAAUGCUCAAUGUAGUCGCCGCAUGAUCUCGUUUCCAGGUCGUGUGAUCAUAUUGUGGUAACAUACCUUGGCCAAAGGAACAGCCUUUGUUUUACCGUUAUAUUAGUAAUUCUAUGCAGUCUUGUUAGAAUAAAUGAAUGUAGAAUGCAAUUUGUCUUUUUAAUCUGGUGAAAAUUCC